AUGGCCGUUCUUGUCAAAGAUAUGAUAUUAGAAAAUUUAAUUGAACGGUGGGGUGAUCCAAGUGAAAUAGGCAUUGCUUUACACCAUGCAACUAUUCAGAAUAUGCGUCGUCAAUUUAAUGAACUUUGCCCAACAUCAACUCCCAAUAAUAAUACAACACCAGAUGCUAACAAUGAUAAUUUGACUUUAACGUUUUUGCAUCCACUGAAAAUUUGA